AAGUAACUGGGAGAAGUUUUGGAGAUAAAGAUUUCCGGACAGGGUUAGAAAAUGGAAUCCUUCUCUGCGAGUUGCUGAAUGCUAUAAAGCCAGGACUUGUUAAAAAGAUCAAUAGAUUGCCUACCCCCAUUGCAGGAUUGGACAAUAUUAUCUUAUUCUUGAGAGGUUGUAAAGAGCUCGGCCUUAAGGAAUCUCAACUUUUUGACCCGAGUGACCUCCAGGAUACAUCCAACAGAGUAACAGUCAAGAGCCUUGAUUAUAGUAGGAAGCUGAAAAAUGUAUUAGUUACCAUUUACUGGCUGGGAAAAGCAGCAAACAGCUGUACGUCCUAUAGUGGAACUACACUGAACCUGAAGGAGUUUGAAGGAUUGUUGGCUCAGAUGAGAAAGGAGACUGAUGACAUUGAGAGUCCUAAGCGCAAUAUCCGAGACAGUGGCUACAUCGACUGCUGGGAUUCCGAGCGCAGCGACUCUCUCUCUCCCCCUCGCCAUGGCAGAGAUGAUUCCUUCGACAGCCUGGAUUCCUUUGGCUCCCGCUCCCGGCAGACACCUUCACCAGAUGUAGUCCUCAGGGGAAGCAGCGACGGGAGAGGAAGUGACUCUGAAUCUGACUUGCCGCAUCGGAAACUGCCAGAUGUGAAGAAAGAUGACAUGUCUGCACGGCGGACUUCCCACGGUGAGCCGAAAUCAGCAGUGCCUUUUAACCAGUACCUCCCGAACAAAAGCAAUCAGACGGCCUAUGUCCCUGCUCCUCUGAGAAAAAAGAAAGCAGAGCGAGAGGAGUACCGGAAGAGCUGGAGCACCGCAACCUCCCCCCUGGGUGGGGAGAGGCCCUUCAGAUACGGUCUGAGAACUCCUGUGUCUGAUGACGCAGAGAGCACGAGUCUGUUUGACAUGCGGUGCGAGGAGGAGGCCGCGGUGCAGCCGCACAGCAGGGCCCGCCAGGAGCAGCUGCAGCUGAUAAAUAACCAGCUGAGGGAAGAGGACGACAAAUGGCAAGACGACCUGGCUCGUUGGAAAAGUCGUAGAAGAAGUGCUUCUCAGGAUUUAAUCAAGAAAGAGGAAGAAAGGAAAAAAAUGGAGAAGUUAUUGGCUGGAGAGGAUGGGACAAGUGAUCGCAGGAAAAGCAUCAAAACCUACAGAGAAAUUGUUCAAGAAAAAGAGCGGCGCGAGAGAGAGUUGCACGAGGCGUAUAAGAACGCGAAGUCCCAGGAAGAGGCAGAGGGGAUUCUUCAGCAGUACAUCGAGAGGUUCACCAUCAGCGAGGCUGUUCUCGAACGCUUGGAGAUGCCAAAAAUUCUGGAAAGAAGCCAUUCAACAGAGCCAAACUCAUCCUCCUUCCCGAACGACCCCAACCCCAUGAGAUACCUGCGGCAACAGUCACUGCCUCCACCCAAGUUCACUGCCACUGUGGAAACCACUGUUGCAUGUGCCAGUGUUCCGGAUGCCAGCGUGUCAGCAGACAGUGGGUCUCCAAGCAAAACUGUCACUCCCAAAGCAGUGCCUAUGCUGACGCCCAAGCCUUACUCCCAGCCCAAAAACUCUCAAGAGGUUCUGAAGACAUUUAAGGUAGGACAGGUUCCUUAA